AUGCCCCCAGAUUCCCCCAAGAGGCAUCGCCUAAGAAACGUGAAGGAAUUCCUCCAGUGGCACGACAGUGGGCCGUCGGACGCUAUCGAGAUCGACAGUGAUGAAGACGGCCCGCCUGCUCGAGACGACCAGAAAACGAGAUCUAGACGUCGAUUACAGCCUGAACAAUCACAUAUCACUGCCUCGGAAAUUGCAGUCAAGAGGUCAAGUUCAAGGAACGAAGCGAGCCUGCUCCCAACUUUCCUGUAUGAGCCCAAGUCAGACCAUAGUGACCACGGCGCUGAGAGUUUCAUUAGCAGGCGGACCCCCGGUACUGUCACGAUACCGGACCCGAUGAAGAAACCGGUUCUUUUCAAGAGUCACUACAAGCCGGUCGAUCAGUUGAGUGCCCCCCGUCAGGGCACGAAGUCGCAACACAUUUUCGACCAGACCAGAGACAUUCGAGACCAUGAUAAUAGACAGGUGCAUGCAAGCAAGAAGAGAAAGCUCGACAACAACGAUGCGACGGGCAGCAGUGCGACUUCGGCAAUCACGCUUGAAGAUAGCCAGAAUCGAGAGGAUUCCGCUGAUGAACUUCGACUUAGUCCGGAAUCCCCGAAGGGCGAGACAACCGAUCGUGGUCGACGGCACCAUGCUCCUCAUCAUGUGUAUAUCUCUGUCCACAGACCGAAUGGUGUAGGCAACUCAGCCCGGCAACCAGUUUCUCAGUUACGUGGUUCCUCUUCCGAAGAUGAAGGCGCCUUUACAAAAGGGUCUGCGAAAGAGAGGAAAGCAGAAAAAGACAGGAUGCUCGCCAGCUCUCCACCUGCACCGUCAAGCACUGUUCGCGCAGAAACAGUAUCUUCCCCUUACUUUAAUGCAACACAAACGCCUUUCCGGGCCCCGCGUCAUAAACCCCUCCAGCAUGAGAGUCCCGACGAAUUGCAAACCGGUCAUUCACCGAAGCUCCAGGCAUCUUCUGUCCGAACGAGAAAGGCUCUAGGGGAAGUGGAUAUGAAGACGUUAGGAGCUUUGAAACCCGGCGAUGGUCACACCACGGCCAAUCCAAAGCCAGGAAAUCCACCUGCGAAGCGAGCCGUUAACAACAUCAAAUCUUUCAAAAUAGUCGAAGUCGUCUACCCGACCUUAGGGGACAGCGAUAUCUACGUGAUAGAGGUGCACUGUGACACCAAUACGAUCUCGAUCAACACGGACGAAGAAAUGUUGGGGAAUGACCCGGUGGUCAAAGAUCGGCUGAUCUCGAAGAUUGUCGAGGUCAAGCAAGGAAGUGCUAAAAGCCAGCUGGUAUUUCUCACCUUUUCACGUCAGGGACAGCACGAGGACAAGAUGCACCUCAGAUUACAGUCACCUAAAGCUGCGUACGAUUUUGUGACACUCUUGCAGGAAUGCUGCCGUUCCGUCAAAGUGAUUGCCAAAGAAGAGUGA